AUGGCCGUACAGUCUUUGGUCGGCAACAAACAUGACUUUCUUGUAAACGAACCGUGCCAGAAUGAAAUAAGACCUCUUUUGGCAGAGGAAAAGGCAUGUUUCAUUGUCGGUGUCAUGCAAGAUGGCAGCAAAACGCGAGAUGAUUUUGGUGUUAGUUUACAAAUUGGCGGAAAUGAAGAGCAGGGCAGGGGCAUCAUGUUUAAUAAGGUGAUAGAGUUCACUGGCCUAUCAGAAAGCAAAGUACUAGGUGUACAGCUGGAAGCGUUUGAACCCACACGAGUUUCGAAUGACAAAUCGUUCAUCCGAGUCGCGGAUAUCCACAAAAACUCUGUUGCUUCUGUGGACGGAAGAUUAAAAAUUGGCGACCGUAUUGUGAAGGUUAAUGGUAAUUCCCUUACAGGACUUUCUACAAACGAAGCUGGGUAUAUUGCUAUAUAUUGUUUGAUAAAUAUAUCAGAUUAAUUUCAUAUAUUGUUGUUUAUUUAAUCGCGUUUAAUUGUCAUGCUGAUACUAAACAUGUUAUAUUCGUGGGAAUAUGUAUUGAUAUUCUAGUAUUUAUGGUAAAAAACGCUUGGUAUUGUUCGCUUACAUGUUAAAAUAUUGCCCAAUUUAAUGGUAACGUGCGUGUGAAUGCUUCAAACGUUUUGCGUGAAAUGUCGGUUGCCUAGGAUCAAUUAUUUGACAGCGAGUAAAGUUUAAUUGACCCGGAAUACACAAAAGCCUAUUUCAAUAUUUUUAAAAUUGAAUAUCCCUUAUCUUGCCUUUAUAAAGAUUAACAAAUAAGAAACACUUUUCCCAGUCAAACAUUCUGGCGAAAACCUUUUCAUAUAACGCUGAAGUAAUCGCUAGUAUUGUGUAAAUAAACACGAAAUGCGUCAACAAUUCGUGUAACAAUUAGAAAGUCAAAUUGCGUCAAUAAUUUUAAAGUGUUUUUUCGAUUGCGCAUUCAGUGAAUAUUUGUUUAAUAUGUCACUAAUUUCAUAUGUAAUAGAGAUAUGUAAUUUAUUGUGCAUUUUCUAGGCAAAUUCUCGAAGGCGCAGUUUUGUCAGGUGAUGUAAGUCUGACAGUGCUGUCAGAACCACAGGAUGAAAAUUCGAUAAAUGACACUGUUCAAACGGAAUGUGAAGCUGAAUUGAAACGCACAGUAGAUCCA